CCUCAGAACACGAUUUCUCCAUUCGGGGUCUCGUCCUCGUCUUCGUCUUCCUCCUUCUCCCCCCUCUUCCGCUCUCUCCACUUCACAGAGCUCUAAUCCCCCGGAAGAUUAGCUCCGAAUAAUCGGAGUAGUCGUGGAUUCGUACGAGGGGUUGACUGCAGCAAGCUGGGUGGGGGGUAAUUGGAAGAACUGCGACCGAAUUGUUUGGUCGACGGAAUGAUGAUGGCCAACGCUAAGCUCCAGAAGCAGGCGCUGCUGCCACCGCGCAGCCCGUUCCCGACAGCCGCGUCGCCGUACGGCGACCACGGCCCGAUCGCUCGGCCACAAGGUCAGGGUGCUGCCACGCACCACCGGUUUGGGCAUGGCCACGGCCACGGGCACCACCAGCGCACGUCGUCUGAGAGCAUCAUUGAGGAGCAGCCAUCGUGGCUCGACGACCUGCUUGAAGAGCCUGAGACACCGGUGCGCCGUGCUGGGCACCGCAGGUCGUCAAGUGACUCGUUUGCGCUGUUUGAUGGAAGUGCUGCCUCCGGCGCAUAUGCCAACAGUUUUGAGGAGAUGGGGGGAGGAGGGCAGGCUGCUCCAUGGGGCGGCUUGCCGGAGUACUAUGCCAAGCCAAGCUUGUAUGGAAGGCCGCAAGGCCGUCCAUGGGAGCAAGGCAUGCCUAAUUUAGCUGGUUACAGGCCUGGCCCACCGAUGCCGCUGAGGGAGAAGGUUGGUGCGCAUCACGGGCCACCGAAUAUGUUCAGGGAUCAUGAUCAUGUCUUGGACAGGAGAGCUCCUGAUGAGGGAGGGUAUGAUCAAAAGGUUGGGGCAGAAAGGAAGGAGGGUGUGCUACCAAAGCACGCACAACCACAGUCGGAUGCGGACACCAAGCGCGCUAAACAGCAAUAUGCUCAGAGGUCUCGCGUACGGAAGCUCCAGUAUAUUGCGGAGCUUGAGGGUAAAGUUCAAUCAUUACAGUCAGAAGGGAUAGAAGUGUCUGCUGAAAUGGAGUUUCUUACUCAACAGAAUAUGAUGCUAGACUUGGAAAAUAAAGCCUUGAAACAAAGACUGGAAAGUAUAGCUAAGGAGCAAGUUAUUAAACGCGUUCAACAGGAGAUGUUUGAGCGGGAAAUUGGUCGUCUCAGGUCGCUCUAUCAGCAGCAGCAGCAGCAGCAGCAGCAGCCACAGCCUUCUGCUCUUGCUCGUAGUAACAGUAGAGAUCUUGAUUCACAGUUUGCAAACCUGUCUUUGAAACACAAAGACCCAAACGCUGGUCGUGACGCCGUCUCUGGGCCUCUUCGUACCUAGUUCUUUCAGCCUUUUGUUCUUGUGAGUUCCGCAUCAGUUGCCACCACUCCUAUACCAAUCUUUUGUGGCUGUCAAUUGGCAUCAAGAGUCAUUAAAAAAAAUUGCAUCAAGAAAGGAGUAGCGUACUUGGAAUUGCGCCCCCAUCCCUUGGUGAAUAACUCUGGAAAGGCUAAUAACCGUGGAUCUGAUCUUCAUUCUUUCGGAAUAUGCACCUGGCGGUCAUCCUCAGCUCACUGCCAUUGUUGAUACUGGACCAGUCGGAGGUGUUUAGGGUUUUCUUUGUAGCUGGAUGCUUUUCGUGCAUCCUUGUACCAUGUUGGAUACUAGGGUUCUAAUUUGUUCCCGUUGUCUUGUUUUCUAUGUUUUCCUAUUCGUGCAUCUUAGCCAUGUCUGCAUUUAGUCCUGCCUUGUCAAUGGAAUGUGGAGCACUAGUCAGCAUCUGAUACAGAAAUGUGCCACAUCCUUUGAGAACCAUAUGUUGUACUGUUGAUUAUUCAAUAAGCUAAUCGAAAUGAAGUAUUAGCAUUCUUCA